AUGGGCUGUUCCUGUAGCAAAAACCAGCACGAAAGUAAUAUUGAAGCAUUAAACCUAAGAAUUAAAGAAGCCAUUGAGCGUAACAACCCUCAUUCACUUGAGCAUCUAAUUAAAUCAUCUGUAGAUCAAUCCAAGUCAAUCACAGAAUUCUCUCUUUUAAAUGAUCCAGUCACAACAGUUCAAGAAAUAAAGCUAAACCCUCUAGGCUAUGCCCUUUGACUUGGCCGUACCGAAGUUUUUAAAUAUUUGCAUAAAAGACUAGGCGCUGAUAUAAAUUUCAUGGAAAAGCUUUUUAAGAACCAUGGAAUCACUUCAAUUGACAUAAUUUGCCAACAAGGAUAUUUAGAAAUUUUGAUUUAUUAUUUGCCAAUUUACUUGGCAAACCACAAAGAGGCUUCUCCUCAAAUUAGCACUGGGGAGAGCUUAACUGUUGAUUUUGAAAGGGCUGCUUUUUCCGAUGUGCCUAUAAAAUCUUCAGUUACUGCGGUUUUGAGUGCUUGUGAUAAAGGAUAUAUUAAUAUAAUUGACUAUUUGAAUACUUAUUUUCGGAAUGCUGGCUAUGUGCCGUAUUAUUUGGAUAUUGAUUACCAGGAUGAACAUCAAGGGGAAAAUUGUGCAAUGAUUGCAUGCAGAAAUGGAAAUUAUGCCAUAUUUUUAUGGAUUUACUUCCAAAUUUUCUGAAUUAUUUUAAAUAUUUUGCAUUUUCUAUUAAAAGUCUAAUAAUUCUAAUAAAGAAUAUCCAAUGAUAAAAUUUUUAUAUGAAACUUGCCAUGCUAAUUUUCAAGCGAAAAAUAAAAGAAAUGAAAGUGUCAUACAAAUAACUGCAGCUGGAAGCCGAAAAAAUAUGCACAGGGAUUAUCAUGAAAUUUUUGUUUAUUUAAUUGAAAAAGUAGGUUGCGAUGCCACUUAUAAUUACGAAGAGACCUUACUUUUAUUAGAAAGUAGAGCCACCAUCAGGUAUAUAGAAAAAAUUCUUGGUGAUAAAGGUAUUUAUAUUCAAAAGUCUGAUUUAGAAAUAUCUAAUAAAAUCAGACGAUCUCAAUCCCGAAGGCUUAAUGGUGAAGAACUAAAAGCUGAAGAAGCGCUAACCAAGGAUUUUAAUAUUUCCAAAAUGAUAGAAGACGACAAAAAUGACCCAAAAAGCAUUUUAAGUUCGAUAAGUCUUAAUGAUUCAAAGCUUGAGACCCCAUUUGUAAGUGUAAUUGACGGAGUGAGUUAG